AUGAGAUCCUCGCGGCUUAAUAAGAGUGACAUUGCUUCCUUCUACUUCAACUCGUUGCAUGUGCAGUUUUUUUUCUUGCUGAUUCUUCGUCACUUUUUAACGCUUCGAGGCUGCGGCGUGCUCUGUCUAUCUUUCUUCUUCUUUGUGGACGCUAUGGUCUUUCAGCUUUUUAAUCCAAUACUUGUAUAUCUAGAUUUAUUGUCCACUGCAAUCUUGUUUCAUAAGGUUCGUCGUUACAAUAAGCCCAUCUUACCCUUUGUCUCUCAGGAUCCCAUCGUCUCUUUAAUAUUGACUCUAGUACUGCUACUACCCUACUUCUGUCUUUGUUCUGUUAUCGGAAUGUUCGUCAAUGCCAUGCAUAGAAAGAUGCACUCAACUAGCUUUUCGUACUUUUUACGUCAGUUUUUACUUCUUUGUACCAAAACCGUCCCACUUAUUUGUCUCCUUUCUCUCUAUCUAGCUUCAUUCUUCAAUGUUCCGCAGACUGUUCACAGCACAGAUGUUGUCGCUGUUGAUGAGUUAGUAAUUAGCAUUUUCGCAUUUAUGGGUCUCAUCUCAUAUUAUGGCGUCACGCGUGGCCUGGUGAAUUUCGAUGCAACAAUGGCACUGACUUGUAGCCAGUCUGGACGCGUUCUUCCGCGCGAGCUUAAUAUUUCCACUCUCCUUGUUCAGCAUCUAGGGUACUCACUGUACCAGCAAUCUGACUUUUCUUUUUCGCACAUGUUAAGGCUUAGCUAUGCUGACCUGUCAACUGUGCUGCGUAGGCUCGUGAGGUAUGCCGCCAAUUGUACCACCGGGGGGACGUGUUCUCGUAUUAUCUACAUACUAACGUCUCUGUUGCAUAAGAUGCACCAACAACAACAUGAUAUUAUCACAUUUAUCAUACAGUUGUUCAGCAUAGGAUUAGCAGGGGCUGUUUUGUUCUUUGUUCCCAACCUACUGUCACUUGCCUCUUCGGCUGCUCCUCCUCACCUGCAGAGUUGUUCAUUACCACAGCAGCUGUGUGUGCUUUUUCAAAGUAUGAACUUGGAGGUUAUUGUAGCGUUUCUUCUCUCGUUUGGACUGGACUAUGCACUGGUUCAGUUCCUCUAUUCACUAUUUGCAACCAUCUACUCUGGAUCUUCUCUGUUGGUCCUCGUUCGUUUGGGAUUUUGGUUCAGAAUCCUUGAAGUGUUGAAAAUCACAAGAGUUAUCUCUCUUUAUUUAGAUCACCGUCACUCCCUAAGUGCCCGCUCGGUCCUUUCAGUUUUCAUUAGAAUGCAGCUAUGCUCUAUCACGUUCUCACGAUUUAUAGUUAUCACCAUUCAGUACAAAAUGAUGUCAGACCAUAUCUUUAUCAAUAUUCUCACGAAUACGCACAAGCGUCUGGUAAAGCACAGAGCUAUCUAUGGUCUCAGUGGAUUUAGUCAGUUGGAUUUUAAAACAGCCCAUCUUCCACGUGCUCUAAGAACACUGGAGACAGCGGGUGUAAUGGCUCACAUUUCCAACGCUGCUUCUAAUACUAUAGAAAAAUAUGCGUCACUAUUUAAAGCAUUCUGGUGUCUGCUCUAUUCUAAUUUUUUCAGAAACUGGGGCUAUAGCUUGCGACAGCAAUCUCAGUGUAUAUUUUCAUCACAGACCUCAGAUACUUACUUAGACAUCUUAGAUCCAUCGCACACGUUUUUAGCUAACAACAUACCCCUCUUCGUUAUCGAGGCAGAGCGGUUUAUAAGAGUCUAUCAAGCAGAGGUUAACGACAGCAGCAUGAUACAGCUAUACAAACACAUUCUUGAGUAUCAGGAGUCUUGCUUAACGUGUGCGGACUCACUGUUCUUGGUAAAAUCUACGUUAGAGACGGUUGCCAUAUUCUUCAACAAUACCGUCAGAGCUCUUCUAGGUAAAGUUAUUCUAUCAGACAGAAGUAAGUCCACUGCACAGGGUGCUACCUCCGCUCACCAUGUUAUCAACUAUAGGUCUCUCAUUUCCGCCAUCACAUCGUCCUCCAGUGCAGGUGACACCCACAACGGCGUUCAUCUCUAUAAUAGUACGGGGGCAAAUGGGAGUUCUCUCUGUAAGAAGGAUGCUUCUACCAAAGAGUCAGGGAUCUCACAUAGUAGCCUUUCUCACCAAUGUGGUAACCGUGAUAAGCGCCCCGCGAAUUCGUCACUGGCUCACGCCAUCAAAGACUGCUCCUUGUCAGAUCCAUACCCCACAGACCAAAUAAUAGAUUCAGCGAAAGUAACUCCAGCGACUUUGAACCGGAGCAAAAGAUCUAUUCUCCGGUCCUUAGAUUAUAUCAAGACCCACCCCUUUCAAGUCACACCUCGACUGAUCCACAAAUUCACCGAUGUGUAUUCCCAAAGUUCUGAACUGGCCUCUCUCCAGACCCCACUAAUGAACAUUGACUUUCUAGACCCGUUUGAUGACUCUCACGCAUCGAUCGGCCAGCAGACCAUGGAAGAGAGCAGCUCUCUUUCUGUGACAGGCCAGAAGCUUUUAGAGUACCAACAGCUUGAGAGAGCCCUUCAUGACUUAUCGUAUCCCACUUCUACUGGCGAGUCGCUUUCGCCGUUUGGUGACAGGACCAGAAAGAAGAAUUCCAGCAGUGAGCUUGCUGUCUCCAUUAACGUUCAAAAGACGGCUGUGACAUUCCCCAUCCCGUUCUCCCAGCAGUGCAGCUUCAAUAGCACGCCAACUUCUUCGUGUAGCACCCCCAUCAGCACUCCGGCAUUCUUCUUUUCAAAUGUCAAGCCCCUACCUCACAAUACACUGAAUACGCUGCCGUACCCCGGAGCAAGUCGUAAGUACAGACUUAAAGAGCUUGAGAUUCUAAACUACUUAGCUGUCGAUGAUAAUGCUGCAUUGAUGGAUCCGUUAAAAGAUCGGAGCCUCUACUUUGCCCUCCUAGAGGAUUUAGAGAAGGCUCUCUCGACUACCUUCUUUGACUGGGUCUUCGUUUUUGGCUUCACCAUUAGUGCUGGCUACCAAGAGGCUAUCUAUUCUGAUGUUAUUGAAAGAGCAUCGAAGGCACAGUUCAUGCUUCAAUACGCGCGAAUGGCAAACUCGACCAUCCGGGUGAUUCCAAAGCUUUUUCUGUCCCUGCUGUCGUCUUCUCUUGGGGUAACAUUGUUAGUGGCUCGGUGCCGGAAGGGCCAGAGCCCCCUCGUGCACGUCAUACAGUGUGACGUGUCAUUAGAUAUCUGUCCUUCGCCCAGCUGUACGUCCACAAAUACGUCACAGAUCUCAGAUUCCAUCAUCUUUUCUUCCAUAGCAAGUGUAGCAAUUCUGGAUCCGCAAAAGCUACUACUCCUCUGUAAAACAAUGCAGGUGUUCACAAUUACCUUAGAACGCCUCCAGAAUCACUAUAAGAUGCACAAACUAGCAAGCAUGAUGUACACAAGAAAGAAGAGGGAGAAAUCGCAGUAUCUAGCGUACAUAACACACUGCUUAAACUGUGCCGUGGUUUUCCAUUCCAUAUCAAGCCGUGUAAUGGCACAAUCGCAGGUCUUCUCGAAGGAGCAGCGCAGGCUGCUGGUUAGUCUUCACCGCUUUGCAGAGCUGAACGUGUAUAACUUGGAGGUGAUCCUCUCAAUUAUAAGGUUCAAAACAAUCAAUCUCGAUGGUUUCACCAAGCGCAUACAAAACUGUCUUCUUUCUUCACACGACAUAAGCAUCACGUUGGCCAGCAAGGGGUCGUCUUGGAAUCUAUUUGAUAUUCUCGAUAGAGUUCUUAUUGAGCAGAACCUUGCGCUCGUUGCCGAUCUUCAGCCCAUAUACACGAUUGCCUUGUCGAAUCGUCGCUGGCGCAGCCCAAGGACGUGCUCUAUCCAAGCGUACUCGCUUCUCUCCCCGCACAAUGUUCACUACUCCGAUGAGAGGGCCGCCACUGGUGGGCAAUCCACUAUGGAACUCGUUAAUUACGUUCUUUACACUAAUGUGCAAAUGACUUACAACUUCAAGCUCGCCUUUCUCAUAAUCUCAUCACUCCACCGAUACCUAUACGCACACGAGGUGGAUGUGCAUAUAUCUGAUGGGUUAGCCGAGAGAGUGGACUCUGGGAUAAGUAAUGACGUUGUCUACGGGUCUUCUGACCUCAUUGCGCGAUAUCAAUACGCAUCCGAUAGCUCUUACUUAAAACAGUGUAGCAGGAGCAGGAGUAGGAGUAGGAAGGGCAAUCCUGUCUUUGCUGGGGCAACCCUGACGAGCUUAGCGACAAAUUACCUAACGGUGGACUUUGUCAUCGAGAAGAUUCCACCCCAACUGUAUGACGUCUUCGCAGUAGCUAUUUGUAACUGUUGGGCGGCCUUAUGCUCUGAUAUGCCAUAUAUUUAUCUGCAAAAGGCACUGGGGUCAUACCUAUCGAGACGGCACGGGGGCACAGCCCCCAUUGUUCGGCGUGCUUGCAGUUGUCCAGCAGCUGGUGCCACUUUUAACUUUAUUCCUAAUCCUGGUACACCACGAUCUGGUGUCUAUAGUCACAAUGACUGGUCCGUCGAGUCAAUGUAUCUUCUAGACGCAACUAAGAUACUUUCACACAUACUAGCGUUGAAGGCUCUGCUGUUUGAGCAGUGCUCCUUUUCUAUUGAUGAUUCCCGUAUCCAUCUGCGCGUGCACAUGAAGCGGGCAGGAGAUCCUGGUCUCUCCGAACUCGUGUUACCAGAUACGGACUCCUGUGCAUCGAGCAUGUACGGUGAGCAAGGGGUAAUAUACACUCCGCCACACUGUGCGGAAAAAAAGCUAUACCAGCAGAAAACGACAGAGGCCCCUCGUCUCACCGCGGAUUUAAAUCAUGAAGGGAUAGUGGGACUGGGACGCAUGUAUCCAAAUCUUCUAGACCCAGUGAGUGAAGAGACGUCAAAGAGCGAGGUAUCCCGCGGGUAUCCCGACAUGCAACCGUCCAUCGUGUCCACAAAGUUUGGAUUUGUGCUUCUAAAUAGGUUACCUUUAGUGACACUAUUUACUAAACCUGCGAGGAUAUUGCGCGCAGUCUCUUCAGCAGCUGCAUCGCUGAACAUGGACCUGCUUCAGUGUGCUUCUGAGGACGAACUCAGUCACAGCACUUAUCCAGCAUAUGUGCUGUGCCAAUUGGACAUUAUAGAUGACGCUCAUGGCCAUACCUCAAGGGAUGACAAAGUGAUACUCACUUUCAAAGGCUUCAUGCCGCAGACAGAUGCCGAGACUAGUGCCAUGCACCCAAUUGUCUUAAAGAAAGUGACUGUCCAGACCUCAUUCUAUUCCUUUUGCAUUGCACUGGGCAGCCUGCUUAAGGACUUUCUUGCUGCAGCAAGGGCUGGCGUAAAUUAA